GUGCGAUUAGAAGUGCAUCAAAACCAUUUGGGUGUCACCCAGGUCUCAACCUUCCACAGUGGAUCAAGUGUGGGAGGCCAAGGUCCCAAAACACCAUGUCACAGGAUUUUCUAAUUUUCUGGCAUUCUAAAAUUUGGCGCUCAAGAUGGGAGACAGAAAAAUCAGGAAAAAAGACUGUGUGAGGCUGUCAAACAAGAUCAUUGAAAGAUGCCAGCUGUCAGUUCCACCUGUCACCAACAUUAGUGACAUCCGGUCCAACCUGUUCACCAGCCUGCUGGAGGUCCUGUGUGGUCAGCUUCCAGAAGGCGUGCUCCGCGAGCCGGUCGGCGACGAGGAGGAGGCUGCCAACGUACAGGCCAUCAUCAACCACCUGGCGCUGGACCUGAUUAACGUCGACCUCUCGCACAUCUCGGGCGCCAACAUCAUCGCCGGCGAUCCGCGCGCCAUCUACAACCUGCUGGAGAUCUUCUGCGGCCUGCACAAGUACCUCAGCUCCACGUCCGUCGACAAGUGGAACCUGGAGGAGAGUCUGACGGAAACGGAGGAGGAGCUGAGCAGCGCGGGCUCCUCCUCGGAGGAGCCGCCCCCGGACGGGCAGGACGCGGUGCCAGCCGACGACGCCGCCCCGGAGGCCGGCGCCGACGCGGCGCCAGCGGCCGCAGAGGGCGACGCCGCCGCCGCCGCCGCCGAGGCCGCUCCGUCCACGCCCGAGGCCGACCAGCCGGCCAAAACGCCCAAGACGGCCGCGGCGGCGCCGGUCAAGGAGGAGCCGGACCCGGUGGACCAGGAGUCUGCCCUGGUGGACCCGGGAAUGUCUCCAGAAGACCAGGAGAGCUCACUGACAGAGGUGGAGGGACAGGAGGAGACGGAGCAGGAGGAGACGGAGCGGGAGGAGACGGAGCAGGAGGACACGGAGCAGGAGGAGGCGGAGCAGGAGUCAGGAGAGCAGGUCUCGGGAGAGCAGGAGUCGGCAGAGCAGGCUUCAGGAGAGCAGGAGUCAGGAGACCAGGAGUCGGGGGAGCAGGACCGGGAGUCGCCGGCUGCCGAGGACGACGAGCCGAGGAUGCCCCGCGGCUCGUUCGUGCCGCGACACUUCGAUUUCGUCGAGGACACGGAGACGUCGGCGGACGAGGGCACCAGCAGCGUGGAGGCCACCGAGGCCGAGGAGCCGGCGCCGCCCGCCGGCGACAUCAGCCGCAAGCUCAGCCAGGAGAUGCAGCAGAUGCGCGAGACCAAGCCUGAGUCCGAGGAGGUGAGCAAGCCUGUCGAGAAGCCCAAGCCACCACCGCCAGCCGCGGUAAGAUCUCUCAGCACUGCUAGUUAG